AUGGUCGACUCCGCCUGGAUGACUGCCCCAUACGGCCGCGCUUGCGCCAGUUGUGCCCAGGCGAAAUGCAAAUGCUUGGUUGCGGAUGGCGAAGAAAGCUGUGCGCGAUGUCGCCGGCUGAACCGGGAGUGUAUACCCGCGCGGCGAACACGAAAGAUGAAUCCCAUGCGCAGAUCAGUCGCUGCAAAGACGGCGCAGUUGGAGCGCAGACUGGAUGAACUCACCACUUUGCUUUCGAGCCAAGCUGCGCAGCCAAAUACCGCGAUUAAUCCCACUGCUGCUGGCCCGGACCCUCCGCUGUCGGAUUCGGGGUUCAGCAGUGCGUCUCAGGCGCCUGGGUGCUCUCCACCUGGUGUCCAGGGACAUGCGGGUGAUGUUCCACAGCUUGCGGCUGCUCAUCCUGUCCCUGGUGACAAUUACUAUGAGGCCGAUGAUCAACAGAUUCUCGAUGAGUUUUGUGCAAACAGACUUCCUUACCUACCUUUUGUAUAUAUCCCUCCUCAUACCCCGGUGGAUAAGAUCAAGCGGGAGUCUCCGUUCUUGUGGCGCAGCAUGGUUACGCUGCAUUGCAAGGACACUCUGCGGCGGAUGGCCCUCCAUACGGAGCUUAAGGCUGCAGCUGCCAAUGCUCUGCUUGUAGAAUGUCAUCGGAGUUUUGACCUCCUGCAGUGUCUUAUCGUAUACCUUGCUUGGAUCGGGUUUGAAUGCCAGCCGCGCAAGAUCUCCCUCGGCCCAUACAUGCAAAUGGUCACUGGAUUAGUCUUGGAUAUAGGCCUUAAUAGACCCCCGCCACAAGCCCCUGAUAUACCAGGUGCACAGUUUAUCAGGACCGGUUCGGGAUCCUGUCGGCCGUGGGUGUCUUUAACUCGCAGCAUGGAUGAGCGCAGGGCUGUUCUUGGCUGUUUCGUUGUUUGCUCCGCAUUGUCGCAUACUUUGGGCCGCACGGACUCUUUACGGUGGACACCACAUAUGAAAGAGUGCCUGGAUGUCGUGCAAGAAGCAAAAGAAGCACCCGGCGACGCUGUGCUGGCGCAGAUGGUCCGCGCUCAGCUAGUUGUCGACAAGAUAGUAAAAGAGCUCGGCAAUGAUUUCGAGGCAGUGGGUGAUACGGAACGGAAAGCACCGCUCUCUGUAUAUGUCAACGGGUUGCAGGCCCAGAUCAACGAUGUGCGAAAUUCCACGCCCCCGGAAUUGUUCCAGAAUAACAUCCUGCCUUUACAUUGGUAUCACGCUGAAACGACCAUCUACGAAACGGCAAUGGUGAAAUCCGCCGCAGCAGACGAAAUCGAUUUUACUCGGCUUGACCAUCUUUAUGCCUGUCUCAACGCAGUCCAGAAGCGAUUCGAUGUGCUUCUCAGCUUCCCAGCAUCCGAAUUCGCAUACAUACCCUCAACGAUUCUCUUUCCCACUGCCCAUUCCCUAAUCUCACUCCUCCGUCUAUCCACCUUUGAAUAUCCCGGUUGGGAUCCAGUGAUGGUCCGCCGGACUGCCGACCUCCUGUCCCUCACCCAACAAGUAGCGGACAAAUUCCUCAGGGCCGCGGAGGCAGUAGGCAUCCAGAACCCACCGAAUAGCGAAAUCGCAGACUGCUUCACCACGGCAUCUCGAAUACUACUAGGCUUGAGAGCAGGGUGGGCAUCUCGGCUCCCCGAACUACCGAAUAUAGAGACCACGGCCCCGCCGGUGGAGAAAGUCCCACCGCUACCGGAUAUUAACCAGGAGCUUAUAGACACUUGGCUCUCCUCUCAAGACCUGUCCCUUCUCUCGGACCCCUCGUUUGGAGGCGCGUGGUGGUAUUAG